AUGGAGGCUUUCGGCAUAGACUAUGCCGACUAUGGGGCCGUGGCCAACUACGCGAAUGCCCAGCGACGCACUGACACCCGCUCGGACAUCUACAAGUGCAAUCCAAAGAAUCGCCGGUUCCAACUCUUUCAGCGACUGCGCAGCAACGGGGCCGUGGAAGUGAAGUACUUCAGUCUCCCGGUGAACGAAGUGAGUCGCAGGCACUUCCUUAUUAUGGGCAACACGAUCGGAGGAUCGAGUGCCGCAGCGGGUGAGGCCGAUACCGUCAUCUAUGUCUACGAGAAGGAUCAAUUUGUGCCCUUCCAGCGACUGAGUUUCUAUGCCCUGGAACGCUUCCUGCCCGUCCAGCACUCCAUAUCGGAGAAGUUUCUGCUUCUGGUCGCCUGCAACAAGCAGGAUGUGAAGAUCUACAACCUAAACGACUGGAAAUUCGAGGAGUCCAAGGUGCAGUUCACCGAAGGUGCCUUGAGUCGGGGAGUGGCCCGCAUGCGCAGCUACGAGGAGCAGCAGCAGAGCUACCUAGUGAUUGCCAACGAGAAUAUGGCCGUCAAUGAGACGAACAUUUUCCAACCGCUCUACAAGCAGGACGAGCAUGCCAACAUCCUCCGCCAGCAGAUCAUCGACUGGGCCCGGGAGCAGCAAAAGCGGUUGGAGCAGACCCACGUGGAGCAGCUGCUGCAGGGAUUGCAGCAAAGAGUAAAGCAGCGAGCGGAGAUGAUGCUGCGAUCCCUCAUCAAGCGGGUCAAAGCGAAAUCGCUUGUAGAUGAGCAUAUGAAGCUGACCUCCAACUACUGGGAUGCCUUGCAGUAUGCCAAGCAGGCCUUGGAUGUGAUCGAGCAGGAUGCCACAGCAGCACGCACCCGACAGCCCCGGAAACGAGCAGCCGAACAGCACGAAUUCGAGGAGAUUACUGUAGAGGUCGAGGGCAGCAUGCUAGCCAGCAAUAUCAACGGCUUGGAUACGAAGCAGCCUGUAUACGAAUCGGUGACUGCCAAGAAGGUGUAUGUCAGCGAGGAAUACAAGGAACCGGACAGGGAGCAGAGCAAACCCUACUUGCAGGAGCUCUCGGUGCAGGACCUUCAGCUCGGGGGAAAUCUCAACGGCCUCAACUGGACACAGCUUCUGGAGCAGACUAUCAAACGGAACAACGUGGACGUGCAGUUCGUCAAGUCCUACGCAGACAUCACUCAUCUCAGUGCGGAGGCUGUGGUGGUAAACAGCAACGAGAUCAACGACCACUCCCUGGGCCACCUCGUGCCGGUGGAUGGCGGCGACUUUAUUGUCCAGCAGGAUGUGCAGUUCUCCCAGCCCAUACAAGUGAAUCGCUUGCUCAUCAAUCAACGACUCAAUCACAUCCACGUGAACCGCCAGCGCUUCGACCUGCUGCUCCUCGAAGCCAAUCACACCCAGGUGAUCGAGGGACCCAAGAGACUAGAGCAUUUUCGCGUUAUGGAACCCAUUACCAUUGCGGGCCAGCUGGUGGGCGCAGAGCUGCGGGCCAUGUCGCCUGAAAAGAUAACCCAUCAAUCGCUCCAACUCCAAGGGGUCUUUGUAAUUGAUGGCGAUCUGACGAUUGGACGGCUGCUGCAGGUGAGGGAUUUGCUGGAGGAACCAACACAGAGGUCUGCUGCAGAGGCGUUGAGGCAAGGUCUGCGGCUGGACCAGACUCUCCAGGAUGUGAAUGUGAAGUUUGAGCAACCUCUCGUGGCCAACAACACAGAACUGAGCUUCAUAAAUGCUGAGGACCUGCAGAAACUGGUCAAGUUAAAUGUGGAUGCAGAGCAGGUGGUGGAGGGCAGCAAGACAUUGCCUCAGGGGCUGGAGAUUAGCGAGGGCUUCGGUGAAGUCGGGUGGCUCAAUAGCAUUGAUGUGCAGAAGCUGCCGGAAGUGCUGCUCACUAAAAGUAGCAGCCAGACUAUCCCGAUCGCGGUUCAGUUAAAGGGAUUGGAGUUGGAAGAAGUUAAGGCGAAGCAGCUUGUAAUGAAUGGCUUGGAAUUGGAAUUGCAGCCACUGGGGUCCAUCUACUCACACGGCAGUCAAUCUUUGGAUGGCUGGAAACUGCCGGCCAAUUUCAAUGGCAGCAUUCGUGUCCGAAACUUGUGGCUCAAGGGCAGCAUUAACCAAGUCAAUGUGGCCCAGUUGGAGCAGCAGCUUCAGCAGCUAGCGGGCAACAUCAAGUAUGUGGGCGAUUUCAGCUUCAGGCAUGCGGUAAACAUAAGCAGUCUGAGCUUUGGCCACUCCCUGAAUGGCUUCCAAGCCGCACAUUUCUGGGGCAGCUGGCUGGAGGCCAGUGGCGACCAGAAUUUCACGGCUCCGCAAGUGCUGGCCGCGCUGGAGACCAGCAAGGGUGUGCAGCUCCAGGGAAAGCUGAACAAUUACACCCUGGAAGAGCUGGUGAGCCGUAGCUACAGGCUGAAUGCGUCGGAGCAUCUGCAAUCAGUGCGAUUUGAGAAUCCCAUUGUAUUGAAAUCGGAGCUACUAGUUGGCCGCGUGAACGGAUUACGCGUGCCCGAGGACAUGCUGUACACAGAUGCCGGAGGCUCCAUGACGGCACCUUUUACCAUCAAUGGUGGCCUGGAGGUGGCAGAGCUCUGCAACGUAACCAGACUGAAUGGCUAUCAUCUGCAGGCGCUGAGCCAGUACCUGAACGGGGAGCAACAUGACACCUUCCACGCGGAGAGUGUGAAGUUCGAGCGGCCGCCCACCUACAAUUAUCUGAACGGCCACAAGCUGCAGCAGCUGUUGGAUCAAGUCUGGCUUGACAGUGAGAGAAUUGAGCUGGGUGGAAGAGAGCAGAGGCUGGAGUUUGCCUCCACCGCUUACGAGGGUCUUCUGGACUUCCGUGGCCCCAUCAAUGGCUUCCAGGUGGAACACAUCAAGCGGAACUACUUCAGUCGGACGCGCGGCCAACCGGUCAGCACUCCAUUGGGCUUCAAGCAUGACGUCACUUUCGCACAGCCUCUGACAGCACGCGUGGUAGUGCUACGUGGCAGCGUCAGUAAUGGAAGCGACGCAAUUGUUGAGGGCAUAAGUUUGAGCAGCACUGGCCUGGCUAUAUCAUCUAUUUCCCAGAAAAAUCAGCUGUGUGCUGUGUACAGCAGGUGA